CUUCUACUUGUUACAUUUUUCGCCCACAGUAUCAACUCCACCGUGACAAUCCAAGAAUGCCUCGUGCAACUUCAGGGCGUUUCUCGCGUACCCACCAGCCGUCAAUAAAAUCGGCCGCUGCAUCAUCAUCAUCUAAAAACCAUAGUGCAAAUGAAGGGACUUCAGCCGGCGUCCGUAACCCAAUAUUCAAUACAGAAAGAUUCGGACAACAUAUCUUGAAGAAUCCGCAGAUUGCUCAAACUAUCGUAGACAAGGCAAACCUUCGUCCUACGGAUAAAGUCCUCGAAGUUGGACCUGGUACAGGUAACCUUACUGUCAAGAUUCUUGAAAAAGCCAAAAAUGUCACCGCUGUUGAGAUGGACCCACGGAUGGCAGCUGAGUUGACGAAGCGAGUUCAGGGGAAGUGCGUGUACCUCUCCGUCUUAAUAUCAUCAACUGACAGGCUACUCCUCGAAAGACCAGAACAACGAAAAUUAGACAUAAUCAUUGGAGACUUUGUAAAAACCGAUCUCCCAUAUUUCGAUGUAUGCAUAUCCAACACACCCUAUCAAAUAUCAUCACCCCUUGUCUUUCGCCUACUCUCUCAUCGACCAAUCUUUCGUGUAGCGAUCCUCAUGUUCCAGAGAGAAUUUGCCAUGAGGCUUGUCGCUCAACCCGGAACAGAACUUUGGUCGCGGCUAUCUGCCAAUGUACAGCUUUAUUCGAAGGUGGACCUGGUGAUGCACGUGGGAAAAAACAACUUCCGACCAGCACCACAAGUUGAAUCGUCAGUGGUCCGACUGGUGCCUCUUAAUCCUCCUCCCCCCAUCAAGUUCGAGGAAUUUGAUGGGCUGGGUAGAAUUAUCUUUUCGAGGCGAAAUAAAAUGGUACAUGCCACAUUCAUGGCAAAAGGCGUCAUGGAGAUGCUGGAAAAAAACUGGAGAACGUGGUGCUCGACACAAAAUAAGAUGAUCGAUGAACACACAAACAUGAAGACUAAAGUAGAAGAAGUUCUCGGCUCAUCGGGAUACUCGCAACAGCGGGCAGCCAAGAUGACCCUUGACGAUCUCCUAAAACUACUAUCCGCAUUUCACGACGAGGGUAUACAUUUUGCUUGAUAGGACUUUCAUCUGAUGCAGUGUAUUGUGCUGGUGAAUACACGUCCUGUUGCUACACAUGUGCCAAUCUAUAUGGUAAUUAAUUAUUUCACUGUCGAUGCACAACCCAGAAUGCGACUAUCAUCAUAGC